AUGGCGCUUUCCCCGGGGCAUGUUGCGCUCCGCACCAUCUUAUACGUUAUUCCUAGGAGCAUCAGGGCUUAUCUGUACUCACGGAUUGCCUCCUACUAUGCUCGCGGGUGGCGUCCCAACGGGAUCACUUCUCCCACCAUCUCCUUUCUCCCGUUCAAACUCGUGUUGAAAAGGAUAGAAGGAGACAACAGCAACGAAAUCGCAGCCUUGCGCCUCGCGAGCAGGCUCCAGGGCAUCAACACGCCGACCCUUCUGGACCACGCCUGGAGCACGACCUCCACCUAUAUCCUCAUGAACCACAUCGACGGUCAAGACUGCGGGGCCGUAUGGGACGAUCUCACCCCGCCAGACAUGGCACGCAUCUCUGCCGAGCUGCGACAGCAGCUCGAAAGCAUGCAUCGUCAGACCGCGGGCGGCUGCGACCGCAUCUGCAACGUCGCCGGUGCGCCCAUCAAGGACCCCCGCGUCUCCUGGCUCGAAGACGACCCUCGUCUGUUCGCAACCCCCCUCGAAUUCUACGAGCAAGUUUGGCUCGGGCUAGACAAGCCCCAGCUAGCCUCCACCCUCCGUCCCCUCAUCCGGCCCGUCAUGGAACGUCCGGACGUCCCCAUCGUCUUCUACCAAGAGGACCUGCAGCCCAAAAACGUGCUUCUACCGGGAGGGCUGGCGGGCUGGCGUUCGGGGACCGCGGCGGUGUGCAUCCUCGAUUGGGAGUUUGCAGCGUGGGCGCCGCGUCCGUGGGAGGCACUGAAGGCGACGUGGUUGGUCAUGGAUCGUGAGGGACCCGACGCGGAUCCGUGGUUUGAGAUGAUGGAGCAUGUCUUCCCGGAGUGCAUAGACGAAAUGGAGGCGGAUUGGCUGUGGAGGUGCAAGUCAGGAAUAACGCUUGUGUAG